AUGUUACAGCUCGGUCCAGCUACCCGAGUUCUGGUCUCUACGCAGCCUUCAACUCACACAAUCAUUGCGGGGGAUUCCACGGUUCGUCCUCUAGGACUUGCCGCCACAACGGUUGCACGUCCCACCGCCGUUCCCGUCGAUCACGGACUGACACGUGUACAUCUUCAGCCUCAGCCAGUGAUGACAAUCCAACAACCCCAACGAAUGCCACAACAAACUUUGGCACCUAACACCCUGGUUGCAACUGCACCUGGUGUCGUUUCUGCGAAUGCAACGGGCGGCACACACAUUCAACAACCGCAGCUCCAAGCGCAUCGUGGUGUAAUUACUGCUGGCAUACAACCCGGUACCGCUCCCCAACUGGCAGCCCUUCCUUCAGGUCUCACAGGAGAUCAGACGCAUCGUGAUCAGAUAAGCGGUGGCACUCCGAUGAUCAUGAGCGGUCCACCCACUCCCAUGACUCCGGCUUCUGUGGCCAGUCGUACUCCGGCAGCCGAUGGAAGCACACCAGGCUGGCAGCGUCCUCGGCCGGGCCAGGCGCCUUCCGGUUCUUCUGCUACCACCGCUCAGGCAGGACGAAAACGGCGGCAUCGGUCGCCUUAUCAAGUCGGGGACACGGACACAGAGGUCGAUGAUGAUUAUGACGAGGACGGAGAGGAUAUAGGCGACGAAGUUGAACUAAUGACUAAUGCAACCAUGACUCCCGCAGGACAAGUGUAA